AUGCUCAGCGGAGGCCUGUUCAGACGUCCAUUCACUUUACUGAACUCAUCACAGUCGCGACUGCUUAUCAAAACCAUAAGUAGAAUGUCUCUACCAGCGCUGGCGAAUCCGACUUCGACUGAAAUGUCAGCCUUGAAAAGACCAGCUACGAACCAUCAUGUCAAUGACCGCGUACCUAACAAAACGAAAAAGAUAAAACUAAGGAAAUAUAAGCCGAAGAAGGUCGACGAAACAUCUCCUUUGGGUGUACUGCAGCUGGAAAUCGAAGAGCUUUUAACAAAGGAGGGACUUACGAAAGAUCAAGUUAAAAAUGACAUGACAGCAGUUCUAAACUACAAAACAAGCACUGGAGAGCCUGUAAGCUCGCAGUACCAUCGCGAGGUCAGUGGAGUAUCCGUUUUGCAGAUUGGCGCCAGUGGAGACGGUCUUGCAAUCAUCGACCACCCGGUAGAAAAUGAUAAAAAGCAGGUCGUCGUGAUCCCAUUCGCUCUGCCAGGUGACAUAGUUACUAUCCGAGUCUUCAAGACGCAUACACAUUAUGUGGAAAGUGAUCUUUUGCAAGUAACGCACAAUUCGGCACUGAGAAAAGACGAAAACAUCAAAUGUAAAUAUUUCGGGAAAUGCGCAGGUUGUCAGUUCCAGUUUUUGUCGUACGACGAGCAGCUAAAGCUUAAAAGGGACACCGUUUUCAACGCGUACAAGUAUUUCGCGCCAAAAUUGAUCGCCAACAAACUGGUGCCGGAAAUAGGCUCAACAGUACCAUCACCAAAAAUGUACGACUACAGGACCAAAUUAACCCCGCAUUUUGAUAUGCCAAGGAAAAUGAAAAAAUUGGAAGAAAGACCACCGCUUGGAUUCGGGCAGAAAGGUAGACCCAGUUGGCGUCAGUCUGACGCGGGUGGUAAUAGGAGCAUUCUUGAUAUCGAGGAAUGUGUUAUUGGAACUGAAAUUUUGAACCGCGGUAUGACCAACGAGCGCAAGAAGUUUGAACGCGAUUUCAAAGAUUACAAGCGUGGUGCUACUAUUUUGCUAAGAGAAAACACUCGUGUUUUGGACUCUGACAAAGGGGUGUUGGAACAACUUGAUGAGGCGUCUAGAGAUUUUGACACGGGUGAAAAAUCAUUUGUGGAAAUCACCGAAGACAAGCCUCUGGCCAAGACAUGCGUUACGAACUCGAGACAGGUGGUCACAGAAUAUAUUAAUGGCUAUACGUUUGAGUUUUCUGCGGGCGAGUUCUUUCAGAAUAAUAACAGCAUUCUGGGUAAGGUGACUGAAUAUGUUUGUGAGAAUCUUCAGAUCGCGGGCUCGAAGCCCGAAGACCCGCACUAUCUGGUGGACGCCUACUGCGGUUCAGGGCUGUUCAGCGUCACGGCAUCGAAGGGCGUCGACAAGGUGAUCGGUGUUGAAGUUUCUGCCGAUUCUGUGGCAUUUGCCGAAAGAAAUGCGCGUGCAAACGGUGUGGAAAAUUGCAAAUUUGUUGUGGGAAAGGCUGAAUGCAUUUUCGCCUCCAUUGACACCCCGCACGACCGCACUUCGGUGAUUUUGGAUCCUCCAAGGAAAGGCUGCGACGACGUUUUUCUCAAGCAGCUUGCUGAGUAUAAUCCUGCGCGCAUCGUGUACAUCUCGUGCAACGUGCACUCUCAGGCCAGAGACAUGCAGUAUUUUUUGCAAGACACGGUGAAUGGGGCUAAUUACAAGAUCGAAAGCGUUCGCGGUUUUGAUUUUUUUCCUCAAACCCACCACGUCGAAAGCAUUUGUGUGUUGACUAGAGUUUAA